CCAGUCCAAAACAUCAAAGCGAGUUAACAUACAUGGCUUCACCUCACUUCUUCUACGUCUCAAAUAUACCGACAAACCAAUACCGGAUUGAGUAUCUGCACUCUACCCUCAAGUCCCAAACUCACUAGAAAAUAUGCAAUAGCAAUAGCUUCCACGACGUGAUUUCCUGUCGAAAUCCCCGACUCUCACUCCUCCCUUCGUUCACCAGCCUCGACCCCUCCAAUUCAUCGAAACCUCAAACACACUCCCAAAACCCUUGGUCAUGCCCAAAUAUGAGUCGGCCGAGGCAGAUCUCGAGGAGAGUAGAAUGGGAUUGUUGAGCAACAAUAAAAAGAACGAGGAUGGGAUUGUGGAAAAGAUAAUGGGAGGGAAACAGCAGUUGCGGAAACGCGUCAUCGAUGUGGCUUGUAUAGGCUUGAAUAUCAUAAGUACCGUUACUCUGGUCUUUCUCAAUAAAUGGUACGUCUGCGGUAUUCAUGCAAUUAUGGUGGAAGAAUCAAUACUAAUGCUCCACAGGAUUCUUCAAGACAAGCAAUUGAGGAAGCUGCAAAUAUCGUUUGCCAUGUGGCACUUUACAUGUACCACGAUUGUUUUAUGGAUAGCAAGUCGAUCACCCUUCAGCUUAUUCGUACCUGUUCGACUACCGUUCUUUCAGAUGAUUCCACUCUGCGGUUUCUUUGCGGGAUUCUUGAUUUUGGGCAAUCUCAGUUUGGCACUUAACUCAAUCGGUUUCUACCAGUAUGUAUACGUCAUGCUGUAUGUAACCACAAGCUUACAAUUAUAUUCUUAGACUCGCCAAAAUCAUGACUACCCCAUCCGUAGCUCUACUCCAAUAUUUCUUCCUCAGGAAGUCCAUCACUCUUCUCACCAUGGGCACCUUAGCGAGUGUAUGCAUAGGGGUUGGGCUCACAAACAGCGGGGCGGCAGGUACUUCAGCAGUCGGUGCUUCUAUAGCAGUGGCUGCUUUUACCGUCACAGCAUUCUAUCAAGUCUGGAUUGAUAAAAAGAUGAGGGAUUUUAAUGUCUCCAGUUCUCAGCUUCUCCUUAAUCAAGCACCGAUAUCUGUUCUUCUCUUGGCUUUCUUAGUCCCAUUUUUCGAUACGAUGCCGGAUGUAUCACGUAUUUCUAGAGAUACCCUAAUUGCACUAUUAUUAUCUGGUCUUGCGGCUGCUUCUUUAGUAAGUUUAACAUCUCCCCUCCUCGCAACUCGCAACUAACCAUAUUCAGAACCUAUCACAAUUUCUCAUCAUCGGAAGAAUGAGUGCACUUACAUAUGGUGUAGCGUCCAAGUUCGUAUUCUUCCCCCUCUCUCCCAUCCCAAAUAUCCAAGACAUAAACUAACAAGCCUCCAGUGUCAAAACCAUAAUAAUCCUCACUUAUGGCUGGUUUAGUGAAGGUCGGAUUUUGACAGCGACGGAUGCUUUGGGUAUUGUUUUGGCGCUUGGUGGUGCGACGGUAUAUUCCCAGUUGUCUAAUAAAUAGAUUAGAAUAGAUGGGGUAAUAAUGAGGAAUGAAUAUUUU